AUGCAACAAAGGGAGGAUACAUACGUAGUUGUAGACGAGGGACAUCUGCUCUACAAAAUUGUGUGGCCUCGGGGUGUGUCUUUUGGGGAGAUCGCCGUCAGGUAUGUCAAAUACUUGCAAAAUUACUACAGGUCAAACAUAAGAGUAGUUUUCGAUGGGUAUCCAUCGACGUAUCAGAAAAAAACACCAAGAGCUCUGAACGUCUUCGUAGCAAUGUCCUCUCCAGAUGCUGUCUUCGACGAAACAACCAUUGCUCCAGUUAGUCAGGAGAAGUUCCUAUCAAACAACAGGAACAAGGUUAGACUUAUCGACAUGCUGAAAGUGCACCUAGACAGGAACAAAAUUUUAACACUACAAGCAGAGGAAGAUGCUGACCGGUUAAUAGUAACCACAGCCAUUUCCAUGUCCUCUACAUACGACGCAGUGAAGAUAGCCGGCGAGGACAUAGAUCUGUUGGUUAUGCUUUGUGGCUUGUCAUCAGAUGGAGGAGAACACACCCUUUAA